AUGACAGUAUUUUUCGAAUAUAUCGAAAAUAUGAAGAAAUUAUUUGAUGAAAUUGAAGCGGAUAAAAAAUGUGAAGCGAUUGGAGAAAUUGAGGAAUUUUUGAAUUGGAUGACUUUUCGAUGGCAAAAUGAAGAACAAAAUGAAUAUCCGAUUCUAUUGCAAAAUGCGGAGGAAAUCAUUUUUGUGAGUAUUUUUUCGAAAUUUUGAACUGAAAAAUCCGAGAAAUUUUAGAAGUCCUAAAAUUCUUUCAAGUUUAAGUUAGGUUUCGAUAUUUUUUCAAAAAAAUUAAGAAAUGGGAUUUUUUUGAAAAUAACAAUUUUCACACAACACAAAACGUCAGAAUUUUGGAAAACAUUUUCAGAUUUUUUUUUUGAAUUUUCUGAAUUCUAUAGCUCUUAUGUUUUACGAUCAAAUUGAAGCUGAAAUUCAAAAAAUUCAGAGCUUCAAAACUUUUUCGCGUCCUGGUUUCACCUCAAAAAUUGAUCUAAAAUUUUUAAGGACAGAUUUGGAGAAGAUUGGCAAAUUGAAGAAAAUCAAGAAUACAACAGACAAAAUGAUAAUAUGAUUUAUUAUCGAAAUCCUGACGAAGAUACAGUACCCUCAACAUCUACAGUAACCCGAAAAAUUAUAAAAUGUUAUUCUUGCGGACUUGAAUUGAAUAAUGAAAAAGCAUUGUAUAGACAUGGAAUAAAAAGUGGACAUAAAACAAGAGAAAAAAGAAAAUAUCAAAGGAAAAAUGAAGAAGAAGAAGUAAAUUAUGGAAAUGAAUUACCAGCUGAAAUUCUUGAACCAGAAGUUGGAAAUGAAGAAGAUUUUGAUUUUCGAUGUUUCACGUGUGGAAUUGAAUUCAAAAAUAGAAAAGCUUUGUAUAGGUUCGUUAUUUUUUGAGUUUAAAAAAUGUUUCGCAAUAUUCUGUUUUUUUAGACAUGGAAUAAAACUGAAACAUCCGACAAGAAUUGGGCGAAGUCCACAAAAACGAGGAGGUCCAUUUAAAUGUGAUUUAUGUUUGUGUUAUUCGACAACAAAAUUCGAAUAUUUAACGAGGCAUAAAAAAAGACAACAUAAUAUUGAAUAA